AUGCCGCUUCUGGCCGAGCCCCAUGCCGGCGAGUCCAGCUGGAUGGCGGCCUGUGUGCCAGCGACGAUGGAGUUGCUACGGCGGCCCCGACGUGUUCACUGGGUGCACGAUGCGCUCGAUGGGCGUUCUCUCCAGGAACUGGCGGAGGACAUGUGCGGGGUGGCGCGGGGCUCGAGCAGGACCAAUCGCGAGAACAUCGUGGACUACCUGCGCUGGCUCGAGGGCCAGUCCUUGGCCUUGCGAGCCCAAGAAGAGGCUAGACACUGGAGUGAGUUGGAACGCAUUCGCGAUGAGAUGCGGCGGCUCGGCGAAG